CAAUUCGAACCUUUUCGAUGGGAUCAACGUUUAUUCUCACUAUCACUGCGGCUGCCGGCGCUUCAGAACGGAACUCUGCCCGAUGAUCUCACCAAUGAAACCGCAAUUGGAUUUUCGACAAAUCGGGACGAUAUGGUGCCAGCGAUGGAACUCUACUGCAAAGUGACGGGCGGUCAAUCGGAAAUCAGUCGCACGUACUCUAGUGCAACCAAUUUCGCCGAUGUGAUUGUAGGCGCAGUCAAAACUCGGUCCGUUACUAUCUCGUUACAACCAACGAAUGACAUACAUGCCCGGCCAGGCGAAUCCUUGGUCGCAGGUUCGCUCAAGGCACGCUAGGAUAGGCAAGGGUAUUCAGAACACACAACCGAAGAGUGUGCGCAUGCAUCUGCAUGCAAUAACUGGAACAUGGCCUAUUCCAGAGGGGUACUGGAUUGAUGGGGAUACCACGAGUGAGAACUUACCCAUAAGAAGGGCGUGUUCGAUACAGUUCUCGACCAAGCCCGUCAAGUGGCAAGUAGAAGAGUACUUCUUUGACAAGUACGCAAUAGACUCGUUUGUGUACACAGACACUAUAUUGGAGAUGAACAACCCCGAUGUCUGCUACCAGGUGUUUGUACACAACAGCGCCCAAACCGAAGGAAUUGGAUAUCCCUUUGGGUUUCUGAAACCGUCUUCCAAAAACGAUUUGGUGAACUUGUUCGUAAUGCCUUAUAACUACCCGGCACUUUUCUCCAUCGUUGACAAGUGCAAGAAAAACCCUAACGCCACCCCCAUGGUGA